AUGACGAAGCUCAGGGCACAUGCUAGAGCGGGUGCAGCCCAUACAAACAAAAAGGCCAUUCGUGAUACUAGUGCUGUUCUCCAAUAUCUUGAAUGGAGGUGUGCAUUUAGGGAACAAGAUGGCUUUUCAAGGGACUAUGGUCGCUCCUGUUGGGGCGUCCUCUUUCAUGAAAGCAGUAUAAAUCUGGAGCGAAGUUUACCAGCAACUGAAGAAGAUCAUCGUUGA